AUGCGCCUCUCCGCUGGCACCCGUCGUCACCCCCCCGCGUCGUCCAAGUUCCGUCCUCCGAAGCUCAAGAUGCCCAGGUGGCCCAUCUUGUCAUUCUCCGCUGCGAAUUCCCCAAGUGAGGGAGCGGGAAGAGAGGUCGAGAACAUGCGUUCAUACAUGUUUUUACAUCCUACAUUGCGCCAAUGUGCACGUAUAUGUGUGCUCGCGCGGCGCAUCGCCGUCACGGAUCGUCCACGUGCCGUCCUACCCUCGUCUGCGCGCAAGGCUCAAAGAAGCUCCAAGGACUCACUCGAGUGA